AUGGCCCGCUCCUCACGAGAUACGUUUUCUGGCGAGUUCGAGAACAUCGUGUUCCUGUUCGAUUCGAGUCAAAAAAUAUCACUUGAUUUGAAAUUUCCAGUCGACACCAGCUAUCCCCCUUCGACUACCGUUGAGCAAAGCCCGCCUUACGUACCACUGGAAGCAAGCGUGAGGGCCCGAUGUAGACAGAUAUGGGUACCAUUAGCAGCUUGGGUCACCAGUUUUAUUGCCACCAUCUUGUACUCGCUCUUCAUCUACCGUGUUCUUAUCGUCAGCAAUCCAAAAAUUGGGUCAUGGAUCGUCGACGCCUCCGAAGCAAACUUGUUGCUCUCUAUAUUCUCCCAGUUGUACGCUAUGUUGCUCUUGUUCAUGUUGCAAGGUCUGCUUGAUGCAAUGAGGUGGACACUCGCGUCGAGAGCUGACGAGGGCGGGACUUCUGCUUCAAACUUCUUUCAGCUAAGCCCAGGAACAAAUUGGUAUUCCGUGUGCAGAUUAAUUUAUAACAGCGGCUUCAGAAACUCGUGGGGACUUUUAAGACUUGCUCUACCGUUUGUUGGCCUAGCGUUUGGGUCAUUGUUAAAAUUCCAAAAUACCUUCGAGUGCCACUUCGUAUCCGGAGAACCGACUAUCGACGUCUUCGCGGGAACUCUAAUCCCUGACAUCACAACCCUCAGUUCGAUCCCGACAUCAUGCAUGGCUGCAUUCUUCGAUACUUGGGCACAGCAACUGAAUAAUUUCCCGCGUUAUGCAAAAACGUGGUCGCUAGAUAGCUGCACAGGAGAAUGCAGUUCUAUGUUUCUCCCUGGCGGCACGUUUGAGAAUGUGGAAGCCAUCAGCAUCGAAAGUGCACCUGGAUUAGCCCUCCAGUUUGAUCCACUGGACGAGGAUUUCAAAUUCGACAUCGAAACAGAGUGCAAGGCCUAUAUAAGUAUGGGUGAUGGAAUGCAAAUGUGCCUACGACAGAUGAACGACUCGAUCGCCGCUGGCUGGAGAGCAUGUCCCACGCUCCAUACGGUAAUGAAGACAUGCAAAACAAUAGAAUACUGGGGAACAGACCCCUUAGAAACGAAGACUUUAAUGACAGUCUACCGGCAAAAUGCAACAACAAUCUACAGUCGGGAUAGCUUAGCGAUCCAACAGAUCACGAAGACUUCAGAGCCCAAAAUUGCAUUGGUCAGUGCCUCGGACACACGGGCAAUCUGGGAUCACAUCUUCACCCCACGAAACAAAUCAGGCGACCUAGAUUAUCAGUCUAUUAACGUUACGCUUCACCGGCUGGCGUGGAAGUACCGAACGUACUUCGAGUGGUUCCCUGAUGACGAUGCGCCAGUUGAGCAGCUUCAAAAUUUUCUUGCUGUCCCGAUGCAGUUCGGCGUCACAGCAAUGCAGUACACCAAUUAUACAAUGGUAACGCCAGAGGACAAGCGCGACUUUACCCGCGAAAUGGUCACUACUGCUACUGGUGGCAGGUCAAUUCAGAAGUUUGUUGGUCAAACUUGGACAUCAUGGACUUUUAUUACUGCCGGUAUAUUUGUAGUCCUUUCGUCAGGCUCCGCAUUCUGGUGGAUUAUCACGAGAGGCAAUGUAGUGCCUAAUCCCUCGGGUGUCAUCGAGAUUGACUUUGCCUCCAAGUUGGUUGGCACAGUAAGACAAUCAAAGAAGGAAUCAAACCCUGAUAGCGAUAUUGAACGGUACAGAGACAUGGUCCGCGACUCUAGUCAGAGAAUGGACACAGACUCUGCUUCGCUGUUCAAAGCGUUCAAGAGAUGGAGGGUUGAAAUUGAAGGUACUGAGAAGAUGGAGCAGAAGGAGCUACAAGACGGAUAUCCGUCCUUGCUGAAAUUUUCCGCGGCACGGAAUCAGCUAAAUGGCGAUAAAUCAUAA